AUGGAUGAGCAAGAAGACUCAGUCUCGACGAGCCGUCGCCAACAGCCACGCUUCCUCGGGGACGACGCGAUGGACGAGGAGACAGCAACGAACCUACCGGAGUCACUCGACAGAUUCUUUGCAGGACUGGAAGGAGAAGAUCAGGAUGAGGCGCUUCCAGAAAUGCUCGACCAUGCAGCCAUCGAGGCCUCACUCGCGGCCAAGAAGGUCGAGGCGCUCGACCCCUUCGCGCUCGUCUCUGGGGAACAAGCCGUCAAGAAGAAGACCGCCCGCAGACCGACGGUCAAGCUCGAUGAGGAUCGACUCCUGGAUCCCAAGCUGGGGAUCCCUCAUCUGAUCUCACUCUCCAAGAAUUUCAAGCCAUCUGGGAAAGGAAAUGAGAAAGAGGAUUUGAAGAGACUCUUGAAGCUCUAUCGUCUCUGGACCCACUCCAUGUAUCCCAAGGGAAGCUUCAAGGACACGAUCGAGACGAUUGGCAAGCUGUGUCACAAACGCAAGAUGAGAAAUGCGAUGCGUGGAUGGCGGGAGGAGAGCACGGGGGGGACGAAGCCGGCGAAGAAGAAGGCCAAGCUGGAUGGGUCGACGGAGGUGGAGCCGGGACUCGAGGACGAAGCUGGGAGGGGGACGGGAGAGACGAGGCCAGUGGAUGCGGCUGGGGCCAGCGGGGGGAGUCUGGGGACGGAGCCGGAGAUGGUGUCUCGAGUGCCGGAUGGGAUGCCCCUGUUCCGGCCGGCGGAAGAGGAGGAUGAGUUCUUCCCGGGAGACGACCAGCUCUGUGGAUUCCUCGAUACUAUCGACUCGGCAGCCAAGCCUCCUGUCAAGCAGAGUCCGGUGAUCGAACAGGAGCAGGAGCAGGAGGAGGAGGAUGAGUUUGCGGAGGAGGAAGCCUUGCUCAGAGAGGCUGAUCUUGCUGAUGCGUCGCUUCAAAAGAGUUCCUCUCUUCCUAUGGCUGGCUCUGGUCCCUCUGCGCCUCGCGAGGAGCCAGGCCACGAUUGGGAUGAUCUCUACCAAUAA